UGUAUCCGUGAAUAGUCCAAAGCAUCACUCGAUUGCACAGACCAUUCUGUGACGGGCAACUUGAGCGAUAAGACCCUUCUCGAAUGAGCAUCAACACCAACUCCUUGCUUUUUGGAAAUAAUCAUCAUGUGUUGCAAGUUUGAUCUUGUUACUUGAAGGGAAUGUACUGACCUUAGCUACUCUAUAGACUUGUAUACGGCCAAGAACAGUGGCGCAGUUAUUGAAUGCUAAAAGUCUGUAUCCAAGUGAGAUGAGAGAUUGCCGCCAAGGACAGCGUUAGGUGCAUUUUCAACUACUGGUUGCCUAUGAGCUCAUCGUCAUCUUACUCCGAUCCUCCCACUUCUACCCACCACCAAUUCCAUAUCAAAUCCGCAAUGAGGCCAGAAAUAGCUGUACCAGCGGUUUCCGCUCUUGUCUACCGAGCCUAUUCACGAAAAUCCUUGACCCCCGCCGGUAUUUUUACAGCUUUCAUCACGGCCGUGGUGCACGCCAUACAUCCUUGGAGCGUCUUCUUUGCACUGCUGACCGUCUUUUUCCUGUUCGGCACUGCUGUAACAAAGAUCAAACAUGACGUAAAGGCAAAACUCACCCAAUCGGCCACGGGCGCAUCCGGCGGCGAGGGCCCUCGAAACCACAUCCAAGUGCUUGCAAACUCAUUAGUCGCAUCAAUAUUGAUCUUGCUUCAUGCUUGGCAGCUCAAGAAGGAAACCUCGCUCUCUGAAAAGGACUCCUGCUGGCCCCGAGGCAGCCAUGUUCUGGUCGUUGGCAUAGUCGCAAACUAUGCUGCGGUAGCCGCUGAUACCUUCUCCUCGGAACUUGGAAUACUUGCACAAACAAAACCACGCCUCGUCACAGCGCCGUGGCGUGUCGUUCCACCCGGCACAAAUGGAGGGGUGACCUCAACCGGCUUAGGAGCUGGCAUGCUGGGCGCUUUUAUCGUGGCUGCUACAUCCACGCUGCUCCUGCCCUUUUGCCAGGAAUGGACAAAGACCGAGAAGAUACGAUACACUCAGGCAAUUACCAUCGCUGGUCUCUGUGGAUCGAUUCUCGACUCAUACCUCGGAGCUAUCCUACAAGCAAGUGUGGUCGAUGUACACUCGGGGAAGAUUGUGGAAGGUGAUGGGGGAAGAAAGGUUCUAGUUCACUCCCACCCUUCCCACUCCAAGUCAUCCGCGGAUGUCCGAAAGAAAUUAGGUACCCGUGGGGAAGGCCAGAGUGAUGUUGCAUUUUCUUCGGGCGCCGACGCCUCUGUAAAGGCAACCCGCGCUAUGCAGAAUGCCGGAGCAAGUGGAAAUGCCGUAGCCGAUGAACACCACGAGAGCCGCAAGGUUACAGUGGGUCACGAUAUAUUGGACAACAACGGCGUGAAUCUGCUCAUGGCUGCCACGAUCAGUGUGGGGAGCAUGGUUGCCGCAAGCUUGUACUGGAACGUACCCCUGGGGAGUAUUGUUCAAAUAUAG